AAUAUUAUAUCGGAAAGUAUAUUGCACGGUGUAUUGCACGCACACGUUGUUUAGGAGAUUUAAUUGAAUUUCAAUACAGAAGACUAUCAUGGAGACGGAUAACCAUGCUAAACGUAAAAGGCCCAAGAAGAAGGGAAGUCGAUUUAUGCGCAAUGCCAAGGGCUUUGCCAAACAAGGCAUUUUUGGUCGCGGCACCCACAUAGACGAUGAGCAAUUCGGCUAUUUCAUAAACAUCUUGGAUGCCAUGAAGGCCGGACUCGAAGAUGUGGAGGAGCGUGUCAACAUGGCGAACAAUGUAUUCGAGCAGACAACGGAUCAGGAAAUUCACUUGGCCUCCAAUCAAAUUGUCUCCAAGGCACUGGAGUCUCUCAUUGGUUUCGUGGACGAUGUGCAACUUGAACGUUUCUUUGGUAAAUUCGGCGACAACCUGCGUCCUAUGUGCUCCGAUCGUUUUGCCUCCCAUGUGCUGCAAAAAAUGCUAGAAAUUGCCUUCUUACGGGGAUUGGGACAGACAGCAGCGCUGGAACAGUCAGAUGGCGAUAAUUCCAUCACGGCGAAGCGUGCCAAACCGGAUGCUGCACAAAUCGAGGAGCAGUACAAUCUAGAGACCGAGUUCAGUGAUGCACACCGUGAACAGUGCCGGCAAUUUGUGCUACGCAUAUCGAAAUUCAUGCUCAACAAUCUGGAGGAUUUUGUGUGGGAUGCAUGCGCAACUCAUAUUAUGCGGACGGCUAUACUCUGCCUGGUUGGCAUGCAUGUGCCCAAGAUUGCCUUCGAAAAGGGAGGAGCUGAACUGGCCAAGCAUCGACGGCUCUACGCGGUGCCGGAGGAAUGGCAUGAAAUCAUGAAGGAGUUUCCACAGCGCCUAGAAAUGUGGCCACAGUUCGUCGACUUUCCCUACCAGGAGCACUCGUCCGCCCUACUGGGUGUUAUAUGUCUAUCGCUUAGCGUGGUCGACAAGAGCAUGCUGAAGCAUUUUGGCAAGAAAAUCUUAAUGCAGAGUUUGCUCAAACCCAAUGAUAAUGACAAUGAUGACAAGUCGAAGGAGACGAAAAUUGAAAUUAAAGACGAGGAUGAUGAGGAUGAGGAUGUGGCAACCGAAAAACCAGAUGAAGACGAUGCUGAACCCGAAUCCAAACCAGAGGUGGUGCUCCCAAAAGUCUUUCACUAUCAGUGUGCCGUCAUAUUGCUGGAGACUCUCCUGAGCGUUGCUGGUGCCAAGCUGCUGACCCAGCUCUAUGCCAUGCUGUUUAGCGGACGCAUUGGCCACUUGGCCCAGCAGCAGCAAACCAAUUUUGCCGUCCAGCGUCUGCUGCAGCACCUGAAAGAGGUGCCCGACUUUGAGUCCGUCUUCACAGAGUUGCAGCCACACAUCGAGCAGCUGCUUAAAAUGGGCUACACUGGCGUUGUGUCCGCCCUGAGCGCCGCCUGUCUGCGUCUGGGAGCCAAGCAGGCACAAAUGAUUGCCGCACUACAGACGGCUUUACAUGUGUCGGGCGACAAGGAAAAAUCCAAGCUUUUCUUCAACUGUCUGAUUAAAUUAAAGCCGCAUGAGCUGCUCGCCGGCGAUGAUUCGGGCUUUGUGCAUCUGCAUGGCUCGCUGAUGGUCCAGCAUCUGCUCCAAUUCAACAAGCCCAUCUAUUUGGUCAAUUGCAUUCUGGAUUUGCCCGCUGUGCAGCUGGCACAGAUCUUUAACACACCAAAUGGCUCGCACAUUGUCGAUGCAUUCUUGCAGAGCAAAUAUAUUGGCGAGAAAUCACGUGAGCGUCUCAUCCGCCAGUUGGAUGGCUUUUAUGUUGAUCUCGCCAUCACCCGGCAUGGUUCACGCGUUCUCGAGCAGUGCUUCAAGGCGGCGCAAGAGGCGCACAAGCUGCACAUUGCCAAGGAGCUGAGCACCAAAGCCAACAUGAUGAAGGGCUCACCCUUUGGCCGACUCAUCUACACAAAGUAUCGUUUGGAUACCUACAAAUUGUCGCCCAGUCAGUGGCUGACCAGUCUGGGAAAACAGGAGGAGGAUAAGAAAACAGAGCACUCGAAAAAACGUCCAGCGAAGACAGCAAAUGAAUUGUUUAAGGAUAUUCUUAGUUAGCGUGUCGGAUCUACCCUAAUAUAAUAAAAUAUACAUAAUAAAUAUUGUUAUAUUGCUUGUAAAACAUUUUACACAAUUAUAUUUAACAUGUUCAAACCGUA